AAAUAAAUUGAGGUAUUAAAUUGAGCAUGCUGAAGUAGUUAAAUAUUUCAGCUAUUAUAUUAUAGGUAAAAAUCUUCGGAUGAUGGAAGUUUUUGAAACCUGGCAACCGUGCAAGAAGCCGAUGAGGAGGACAACGAGCGGGCACUUCUCCCACUUUAUAAUUCUGCGUUGUGCUUUUCCUUUCCCGCCGCACCGCUCUCAUUCGAGUUGUGGUAACCGAGUAGGACGCGUAAUUUGUCGAAUUUUCGAACCGCGCCUGUCAAUUUUUUAUUUGCAUUGUCGCGACGUUUGUCUAAUAAUUUCGCGACAAAGAAAACCAACUCAGUGAUCGGUAUUUUUAUUGAUCAACGGUUCGAUCGUUUGAGCGACCUGUUUUAGUGCAAGUGGGUUAUUGGCGGUGGAUGCCGAUCAAAGUGGAUUUAUUUAUGCCUACUUUGUGUAGUAGUGUAAGUGUGCCAUAGAAAAAUGUUUACAUAGCGAUAAUCGCGCGAUUGUGUUUUGUCGUUUAAAUCGUAUUCAUUCAAUUGCUAUUUUUGUUUCUUUGCCACGUAGUUCGUAUGUUAUUUUCGGUAUAAGUACCGUUUGGUUUGGUUUGGUGCGAUUUGCGACGUGUUGAGGGUUUUCACAAGUUUCCGAUAGAUUACUUUUAUCGACGCUUCCAUUAAGUGUAAACUAUGUACAGUGCGUGAUAAAAAAAGUGCUCAGUGAUUGCGAAACUAGUGUGGCAAUUUUUUGGAUUACCGACGGGAUUUUUCACUUGGAUAGGAUUAUAAGGAUUAAUUAUCCAUUUUUUUUAAGGAUGUCGACGACGUUAUUAUCAUCCAUGCUGGCCGUGAGCUGGCUACGUGUCACAGCAGGAUAAAACCGCAUAAAAUUCUUCGAAAAAAGAUAAGACAAUAGCAGGCUAGACCUGCAGGUCAUGGAUGUUACGUUUACCAACGUAUUGGAGGGGGCGCGACAGUACUUCCAGGGGCUGCCGACUGGCUCGAAUUCGGCGGUAAGCCCCGCUUAUUCAUCGGAAUCGCAUCUAAGGCACGAAUACGAACGAAAUAUUCCGACGUCUUCGAACGCUUAUUGGUCGUCGCAUGCCAGCGACGCCGUUCAACCUGCCAGAGAUCAUAAUGCGUUACAACGAGAACACGCGCCCGUCCAAAGGGAACAAUCGGUACUCAGAGAACACGCUUCGGUGCUUAAAGAUCAUUCGGUUAUACACAGACCGUCGUCUCACGGUUCGGAUUCCUCUUCGCAUCUAUCUCAGUACGGUCAAACCGUUCCCGUAUCUCACGAACAGAACCGGCAGUAUUAUGCAGCUUCCUAUCAAGAACACUACCAACAACACAUACACCAACAACAACAACAACCCAUCAAACAACAAUCGCACCAACAACACCAAUCCCAACUGCAACAACAAUCUCCCGUUCAUUAUCAACAACAAAGACAGCCCUUCGAAUUUUCCAGACCUCAAAACACGAAUUAUACUCAAUACCAAUCUCACUUGCCCAACGCCGGCUCACCGUACCAACAAUCGCCGUCGCCUUAUCACCAAAUACCGUCGCCGCAACAACCGAGAGCUCCGUCGCGGGAACAAAUGGUACCCAGAGUACCUUCCAGAGAACAAACGAUACCUCGAGUCCCUUCGCACGAACAAUCGGCUCCCAGAACGUCUCAAUACUCCCAAUCAUCCGAUACGUACAAUUACACUCAAUCCGUGUCGUAUUAUCAACAAACGAAAAACGAAACCACCAAUAACGUACCUUACAAACACCCCGUUGAGCAUCAUUACCCUUCCGCUACGUCCCAACAACAACAACAACAACAACAACAGAAAAUGUACUACAAACACGUUUACGGACCCCAACAGACCCACCAAUCCGUAUUCGCGGCGUCAAGGCAAGAAGAACAGCUCAGAACAAUCAGAACCACUCAUAAUUUACCUCCCAUAGCCGCGAUAUCCCAUUACCAUUCCAAUCGAGCCAGAGAACCGGUAAGACCGACUCCGGCCACCGCAAAUAACAAAACCAGAACCUACAGCUCGAAUUCCUAUCAAUCUAAUAGCCACAAUAUACAACAGACUUCGACACCAUCGAAUUAUCAACAGUACCAACCGAUAACCACGACAACAACUACGCAAUCUUAUAACCAAGUUGUAAUGACGACGACGUGCAACUAUUACGCCAACGCCAAUCAAAAUCAGUCGUCUUCCAAUCGACAAUUUACCGCGAUCCCAUCGAGAAAUGUAACAAACGAACCGCCGGUUCCCUCUAAUAUAAUCGACAAUACAAACCGAGUCGUCGUCGUCAAAAGGGAAUCCCCGUUGGAUUUGUCCGUCAAAACGAUCCGAACGCCCGCCGAUUCCACGUUAAUCGACGCCGAAAACGAACGAACCAGAUACAGACCUAACCAAACUUUAACGGCCCACAAUUAUCCGCAACUAGACGUAAAUUCGUUUCAAAGGAACCUCACGCAAAGAUCGACUCAAUUAACGGCAGCUACCGCCCCCAAAGUCGAAUUCAGACCGAACUUCAACGUACCGACUUUACCGAAACGAUCUACCGACAAUAAAGUUUCGUAUAAAUAUUCGAUUCCGACGUCCGAUAAUAUAAAAUCCAAACCGAGGACGGUUCCGCCUACGCCGCGAUUCGUUUCCAACGAACAAAUGAAAAAACGGAGCGGCGAAAUCGCGCUACCGCCGACGGUACCUAACAAAUUACAAAAAUUAACGACGGACGCUUGGAGGCAAUCGAUCGAUUUGCAAAUCGAAGAACGAUUAUCGUCCUAUAAACAACAACAAGCGAAAUUAUCGUCGCCCACGAAGAUACCGCUCGUUAACGGCUACGACAAACCGAAUUACGAACAUACCGCGUUUCAUACGCAAACGUACGUACCGUCCGCCGGAACGCAUCAAUAUCCCGGCUACAAUCCGAAAACUACUAAUAAUAACAAUAAUAAUUCGUUGACGAAUUCGAAAAAUACCGUCGGGGUGGAUAAGAGAGUUUUGAGUUUGUUGAGAAACAGUUUGGAGGUUAAGGGACAGAAAAAAUUGGAACAAUUAAAAUCGAACGAAAAUUUUUCAAUUAGAUCCGAUAUACAACACCCUUCGACCGACGUUACCGCCCCUCUACAACCUAAACCGGUAUUCGUUAAUAGAAACAACGUAUCGCCUUUCACCCCCACCAGUUUUCCCGAUAAUAACAACAUAACCGCCUCCUACAAAUUCCAUAUACCGAAAGCGGUGGAUUCCAUUAAUUUCGAUACGAACAAAACGAAUCGAUUAUCCGAUAAAGAAGAUACUGUGAUAAAUAACAACGUAAAUACCGAUUGCGACGGUUUAGCGGCUUUCCUAGCGGCCAGAAUACGUACUAAAGGCGAAUUAAAACAAGGCGGUAACAACAACAAAAGUCAAUUACACGACGUCAUAGAAAAACAACUUAAAUCGAAUAUAAAACAAUACGAUAUACCGCAACUUACCGAUAAAACACUUAAAUCGAAUAUAAAACAAUACGAUAUACCGCAAGUUACCGAUAAAACACUUAAAUCGCCCGUAAAACAUUACGAUAUACCGCAAGUUACCGAUAAACCGCUUAAAUCGCCCGUAAAACAUUACGAUAUACCGCAAGUUACCGCGUUUUGCGGUAGCGGUUCGACGCCGCCGAAAUCGGCGCAAAAAGACCGUCCGCAAAUAUGUUCGAUCGCUCCGAGAAAAAGAUUGUUCAGUAGAAACGAAGAUGAUUCGAAUAUAAUACCGAUUAGGGAAGCGGGAUUGCGUAGUUCAUCGGAAACUUCGGUGUUCGAUUUCCCGGAUUCCGAUUCGGAAAACGACGUUAACAAAGAAAGUUUGGAGGCGAUGAGGAAAUGUAGAAAAUCCGUUAAGACCGUUUUACCUAUCGUCGAUUUAAAACAAGAAACUACUCAUCGACAUCCUCUUCUUCUUCUUCCACCCGCUCCUCCGACGCCGAGCGACGAUACGUUUUCGCAAGUUUGCGACAAUUUUUUGGAACAAUUGAAAAGCGGCAUCGGUAAAAAAAAAUGCAAAAAAAAGAAAACGAUCGAACGGUUGGACGAUAACGCGGAGAACGGAGACGAAGUUAUCGUGAAAAUCGAAAAAAUCGACGACGAAAUCAAAGUUUCGACGUGCGAAAUCGAUUUAAACAAAGUCAAAGAAGAAACCGACGUAAAACAAGAAGAAGAUUUGUUUGUGAUUAAAAGGAAAAACGUUAGACGCAGGAUUUUAUCGUCCAGCGAUAGUAGCGACGACGAAAACGAUAAAUCGGAAGUUAAAGUUGUCGACGACGAAGUCAAAACGACCGAGGAGGAAAUUAAAGGUUGCGGCGAAAAAAUUAGCGAAUUAACAUCGGCGAUUCGUCCUUCUAAGAAACCUUCUUUCGGCGACGGAUCGGCGUUUUAUCCCGGAUGGGAGGAGGGCGUUUACAAAUAUAAAAAAUCUCUGCGCAUGCCCCCGACUCUAAUACAAGUCACCAGACCUCCGGUUUUCCACAGAUUGUCCACUUCUCUGCCCGAUUUGGACCCCUGUCCCCAAUCGCCCACCGCGUCCAUUCCCAACGACGACAAAGACGCGAAAAUCAAAGAAAAACGAAUCAAAUCCGAACCGGACAGCGACGCCGAAUCGAAUUAUUCGGAUUUUAACGUUUUUUCGAAAAAAAUAAACUACGAUUCGGAGGGCAGUUGUUCGAUCAAAAGUUUACCGAACACCCCCGCCGGCAAAGAAACCUCGAUACUGGACAGAUUAUUGGAGAAAUGCGGCGGCAGAAAAAGGAAAAAAUACAAAAGGAAAGACGAUCACAGUCCGAAGACGGUGCCCAAAUCCGAAAAUCCCGUCGAAUUACUCCCGACGCCCAGUUUGGAAAUAAAACAGGAAGACGACAAAAAAACGAAGAAGUUAUCGAAUUCCCCCGUAAUCAAAGCCGAAUCUCCGCUACUAGGUUUCAGAAAAUCGACGAUGAGCAAUUUCAAAGACGCUUUUCUAAAAAGAUCCAACAACAUUUUGAACAAUCAAUUCACCACCGUAGUUUUGAAUUCGAGAACCCGAAGGGAGACUCGAGUCCAAAAACAAAGGGCGACGAUCAAAGAAGUUUUCGGCGAAGACCGACCCGCCUCCGCGCCGCCGGUGACCUGUCUCAACGACAUCCAAAUAAAGGAAGAGAACGCCAGCUGUUUGGGCAACCUCGUGGUCAGAUUGGAGAAGAAGGACGAUCUGAUCAGGGAAGCGACCGAUUUGAAAAGAGACACAAAACGCGAAACGACCGAAUCGAACAAAGACGGAACCGGCGAUCCGAUCGAACCGAAACCGUCGAUCAAGAUCGAAACGGAAGAUUCGAUGAUCGACGAAGACACGAGAAGUUUGGACGACGUCACCGUUAAAUCGGAAACCGCUUCGGUGGACGGCGACGACGGAAGCGCGUCGGGCCGGAAACGCGGCAAAUUCGGUAAAAUACGUCGGAAAUUCAGUUCCGGUUUCGAUUAUAUUAGGAAAAAGAAGAAAGUUAAGAAAGACGCGGUGGAAAACGAAUCGGCCGAAAAGAAAAAGAAGAAAUCGGCGGUGUCGAAAACUUUGGAAUCGGUCGAUGAUAUACAGAGGGAAAUCAAAACUUGGGUGCUGAAUAAGGGGAUAGGGGAGACGCAUUUGCAUAGGGCCGCUAGGUUAGGAUAUACGGACGUCACAGCAUACUGUUUAGAAAAAACGGAUUGUCCUCCUUCGCCUAGAGACAACGCCGGAUACACUCCAUUACAUUGGGCCUGUUCGAAAGGGCAUCUCCAGAUAGCGAAACUUCUCUUACUCUAUGGCGCCAAUCCAAGUGAGAGUGCGCAGGGAGGCAUAAGGCCUCUACACGAAGCUGUCGAAAACGGUUUCGUAGAAAUUGCGAGGUUGCUAUUAUCUUACGGCGCCGAUCCCACUUUAGCAACCUAUUCGGGUUUGACGCCCUUGGCGUUGACCAACGAUGAAGUGACUAAAGACUUUUUGAUGAAUCAUUUGAACGAUAUCGAAGGCGAAGUUGCAUCGCAGUGGUAUUCGACAGGACCGGCAUCAAUUUUUGAUCCCGUGGAUCAGAUCGGUUUCAACGUACUAGACAACGUCCCCAGUCCGGAUCCCGAAGAAGAAGAAGAAGACAUCGACUUCGAAAUGUCCGAAAGUCUUCUACCAAAUCUGUAUACGUUGUGCAACGAACCCCCCACCGACCGAUGGGUGUUACUCCAGGAUCUCUCGACCAUUCUCAAAAUAAAAUCCAGAGACGCUUUACUCAAACAGAUUUGCCCCCCUUCGACGUCCGGCGUCGCUCCCAAUAACAAAAACAUUAUAAGGGAACUCAGAAUGCCGGAGUUUUUAGAUCAGGCGCGGUGUUGCCAGUUCUUGAACGCCGGCGAGAAAAUCAACACGCGCGCCAACAAAAUCGCCCUCGUCAAAUAUACGGAUAAAGUUCGGGAACUUUUGAACAUCGAAAGUGUCGUGAUAAAGGCCAGGUGACCCGAGGGGUACCGAUCCCAUUAACUUUUCCUUUUUUUAACCCCCCCCCCCCUUUCCCCCUCUUUUUAUUUUUAUUUUUUCUACGAUAAUAAGGAGCCGUGAUAUUAUUUCUAAUUGUGAUUUAGGUUUGCAAUUUUGUUAUGAUGCGGUAUUUUCGAUAUUUCUACGCUGGUUUAUUUUAUUUUUUUUUUGUUUAUUGAAAAAAAAAUUAUUGAUAAUGAUGUGAUGGUUUCGCUAUCGAUUUUUAUCGAUUAAUUCGAGUUUCGAGUGCAAUUUUGUUUUAUUAUAUGGAAAAAAAUCGAAAAAAACUUUUCGUUUCAACGUUCAGAAUAUUCAUUUCGAUUUAUUUACUGCGGAAUUGGUGUUUAAGUGUGGAAAAAUCGACUUCGGGACGUGAUAAUUCAAUUUAAAAUCAUUUUUGUGCCCCCCUACAACACUUUUCGUACCAAAAUAAUUAUUUUUCACUUCUUUUCGAUGAAUUUAUCCCCUAAAAUGAGAUUUACAAUAAUUUUGAGACAAAAAAAUCAAUUUAGAUACUUCAUAAUGCACAUUAAAAUCAUUUUUGUCCCCCUGCAACACUUUUCUUGCCAAAAUAAUUAUUUUUCACUUCUUUUCGAUGAAUUUAUCCCCUAAAAUGAGUUUUACAAUAAUUUUGAGACAAAAAAAUCAAUUUAGAUACUUCAUAAUCCACAUUGAAAUCAUUUUUGUGCCCCCCCUACAACAUUUUUUAUAUUAAAAUAAUUUUUUUGGUGUCUUUCAGAUUAAAUUAUCCCUUGAAAUGAGUUUUGUGCCUAAGAAAUGAUUUUUAUUUAAAUAAAAACAAUUUAGAUACUUCAUAAUGCACAUUAAAAUCAUUUUUGUCCCCCUGCAACACUUUUCUUACCAAAAUAAUUAUUUUUCACUUCUUUUCGAUGAAUUUAUCCCCUAAAAUGAGUUUUACAAUAAUUUUGAGACAAAAAAAUCAAUUUAGAUACUUCAUAAUCCACAUUGAAAUCAUUUUUGUGCCCCCCCUACAACAUUUUUUAUAUUAAAAUAAUUUUUUUGGUGUCUUUCAGAUUAAAUUAUCCCUUGAAAUGAGUUUUGUGCCUAAGAAAUGAUUUUUAUUUAAAUAAAAACAAUUUAGAUACUUCAUAAUGCACAUUAAAAUCAUUUUUGUCCCCCUGCAACACUUUUCGUACCAAAAUAAUUAUUUUUCACUUCUUUUCGAUGAAUUUAUCCCCUAAAAUGAGUUUUACAAUAAUUUUGAGACAAAAAAAUCAAUUUAGAUACUUCAUAAUCCACAUUGAAAUCAUUUUUGUGCCCCCCCUACAACAUUUUUUAUAUUAAAAUAAUUUUUUUGGUGUCUUUCAGAUUAAAUUAUCCCUUGAAAUGAGUUUUGUGCCUAAGAAAUGAUUUUUAUUUAAAUAAAAACAAUUUAGAUACUUCAUAAUGCACAUUAAAAUCAUUUUUGUCCCCCUGCAACACUUUUCGUACCAAAAUAAUUAUUUUUCACUUCUUUUCGAUGAAUUUAUCCCCUAAAAUGAGUUUUACAAUAAUUUUGAGACAAAAAAAUCAAUUUAGAUACUUCAUAAUCCACAUUGAAAUCAUUUUUGUGCCCCCCCUACAACAUUUUUUAUAUUAAAAUAAUUUUUUUGGUGUCUUUCAGAUUAAAUUAUCCCUUGAAAUGAGUUUUGUGCCUAAGAAAUGAUUUUUAUUUAAAUAAAAACAAUUUAGAUACUUCAUAAUGCACAUUAAAAUCAUUUUUGUCCCCCUGCAACACUUUUCGUACCAAAAUAAUUAUUUUUCACUUCUUUUCGAUGAAUUUAUCCCCUAAAAUGAGUUUUACAAUAAUUUUGAGACAAAAAAAUCAAUUUAGAUACUUCAUAAUCCACAUUGAAAUCAUUUUUGUGCCCCCCCUACAACAUUUUUUAUAUUAAAAUAAUUUUUUGGUGUCUUUCAGAUUAAAUUAUCCCUUGAAAUGAGUUUUGUACCUAAGAAAUGAUUUUUAUUUCAGAAAAACAAUUUAGAUACUUCAUAAUCUACAUUAAAAUCAUUUUUGUCCCCCCUACAACACUUUUUGUACCAAAAUAUUUUUUUUUCACUUCUUUUCGAUGAAUUUAUCCCCUAAAAUUAGUUCGUUCAUUCAUAAAUUUUUGUUUAAAAAAAAAAAAGAAAUAAUUAUUAUCGGUAUGUUCAUUAAUACUAAUCUGACGAAAUCGUUUUGUUUGUCCCACAACUGGACAUUGUAACUAUGUUGAAUUAAUAUUUUUCUAUCCAAAAUUACUCAAAAAUACGAUAAUUUAAAUUUGAAAUAUAAAGCGAAAAUUUUCAAAAUUAUACAGGGUACUCGUUAAAUACAAUUCUAGUAAAUAUUUUUUAAUGAAUAUUUCUAAACGUUUAAUUUUGUUACUUAACAAUAUUUUUUGUUAGUUAGCUACCAAUAAGAUAUUGAAAUAAUAAAUUUGGUAUUUAAUACACUAUAAAGUAUAUUUUGAAGUAUUAUCAAUCAAUUUUCGUCCCAAUCUGUCAUUUGCUGGUUUUAUAACUAACCUGAGAUCCUAAAAUAUUAAUUUAGAAGAGUUCGAGAAUAUUUCAUGGCUGUAUAAUCGUAUAGACAAAGGCUAAAUAACAGAAGAAAGGUAUUUAAUUUGGCCUCUUACAUUAUAAUACAACCAACUAUACCGAAUAGAAUGACGACGAUAUUUAGUUUAGAAUUAAUGGAUUUUCAUCUUGUUUACGAGGGUUUAUUAAUAGAAAUUGAGGUUAUACCAAAACCAAUGAUUGAUUUUACAAAAUAUAUCAGUCAACUUCGUUUCCCAUCUGCAUCUGUCGUCCGAUGCUUAUAAAGAUAACAUAAGGCACUAAAAUAUUGGUUUAGAUGAGUUUGAGAAUAUUUCAUGGCUGUUUAAUCAUAUAGAUAAAUUACAGAAGAAAAGUACCUAAGAUUCUUGCCAAUGAUUAAUUUUGACGUUUGCUUAUGCAUGAACUUUUUGAAAUACCCUCAUAAGUUGUUUAGAUCAGUUUUAAAUCUUUUAAAUUUCCCAAAAAUAUCUGAUAAACGUAGAAAAAUGCAUAUUUUCAAAACAAUACAAAAAAAGAGAAAUAAAUAAACUUACCUUUGUUGUUAUUAACUAAAUUUUACCACUAGGACAUUCGAUAAAAUAAAAGCUACACUAUAACAAUAUGGUAUUAGUUUUAUAUGUUUCACUCGUUGUUUUAUGAAGAAAUGCGUUGAACAAUAUUGUUUUUAUUAAGUUUAUUUCAUUUAAAAUUCAUUUUAAAACAGUAACCUCAUUAUUUAAAUAUGAAUUUAUAGUUAUUCACUUCUUUAUUUGUUUUAAUUGUUUACAACUUUUAUAGUUAGUUCUGACAGGAAGUUAUUCAUUGAAAACACUUCUUCUUUUAUUUCCAGUCUGCCGGCCUUUUGCUUUUUGGUAAAAAUGUAUGAAAACAAAAAGAAUUCAUAAAAAGUUUUGUUUCAGUUGUUGUUUUAUGAAGAAAUACGUUAAAUAAUGUUGCUUUUAAUAAAUUCAUUUCAUUUAGAUCUUAUUUUAAAACUGUAAUCACAUAAUUAAAAUAUAAAUUUUUAUUUACUUACUUUGUGAUUUGUUUUAAUAGUUUACAACUUUUAUAACUAGUUCUGACGGGAAGUUAUUCAUUGAAAACACUUCUUCUUUUAUUUCCAGUCUGCCGGCCUUUUGCUUUUUGGUAAAAAUGUAUGAAAACAAAAAGAAUUCAUAAAAAGUUUUGUUUCAGUUGUUGUUUUAUGAAGAAAUACGUUAAAUAAUGUUGCUUUUAAUAAAUUCAUUUCAUUUAGAUCUUAUUUUAAAACUGUAAUCACAUAAUUAAAAUAUAAAUUUUUAUUUACUUACUUUGUGAUUUGUUUUAAUAGUUUACAACUUUUAUAACUAGUUCUGACGGGAAGUUAUUCAUUGAAAACACUUCUUCUUUUAUUUCCAGUCUGCUGGCCUUUUGCUUUUUGGUAAAAAUGUAUGUAAACAAAAAGAAUUCAUAAAAAGUUUUGUUUCAGUUGUUGUUUUAUGAAGAAAUACGUUAAAUAAUGUUGCUUUUAAUAAAUUUAUUUCAUUUAGAUCUUAUUUUAAAACUGUAAUCACAUAAUUAAAAUAUAAAUUUUUAUUUACUUACCUUGUGAUUUGUUUUAAUUGAUUACAAUUUUAUAGUUAGUUCUGACGGGAAAUUAUAUAUUGAAAACACUUCUUCUUUUAUUUACAGUGUAUUACAGCUGGCCUUUUUCUUUUCGGUAUUAUGUAUCUUGUAUAAUUGGUUGCAUAACUAAUAUUUAUUUUUCAAUAAAAAAAAAAGAUUUUGAUCGAAACAUUUGAUGAAUUUUAUAACAAUUUUAUUUUUAUUUACGUUUGUUUAUACAUUUGAUGAAUCUAAAUAGAUUUUUAAGUUUGUUAUUGUUUUAAUUUUUUUCAAACCAUCACAUUAAAUUUAUUUUUGUUUGGAAAAUGUACGCAGAAAUUUAUUUUUUAAGAAUUAACUGAUAAGUUACCAGCUUUUUAGAAAAUUUUACUUGGAAUUUAGGCAUAAACGUUUAGAUAAGGAUCCAAAGAUUGAUAUCAUUUUGUUCAAAAAGAAAAUCGAACUGAAUUUGAUAUAUCGAAAAUAAUGAUUAAUUUUGACCAAUUUUAAGAAUUAAAAUUACACAGAAUUGUGUCUAAAAUGGUAAAAUUUGUGAAAGAAAUCGCUUAAAUUACUGAUAAAAAGUUUAAUUUUCGGUAUAUUUUGACCAAGUGAUAUUAAUCAACAUUUAAUGUUGUGAAAGUGCAAUUUUUGUGACUGUGUAAAAACGAAAUGGUCCAGAAAAAUAAUAAAAAAUAGUUAAAACAGAAUUUUAUAUAUUUAUGAGUUAUGUGAUGUUAAUAGUAAGAACAGAAAUUAGUAACACUAAAAAAAUGUAAUUUAAAAAUAAAAAAAACUUGUCUAUGAAUUCGAUUUUGUUAAUACUGCCCUUAAAUAUUGAAAAAAUAAACACCUCUCGUUAAUUAUCAUUGAAUCGUAUACAAUUAUUUCAACUUGGCAACGAUGUUAAACUCCAAGUCUGCAAAACACGUCAGAUAUUUUACACCGUUGCCGCGUUGUAAUUUUUUCUCUAGUUCUUUUGGAUAAAAUAAAUUAACUCGUCUAUUAAUUCGAUUUUGUUAAUACUACCCUUGAAUAUUGAGAAAAUAAAAUGCGUCAAAUAUAUAUGGCAUGAUACAUUUAAAAAUUAGCAGCUGCGAAUAAACAAAAUAAAUUAUCAGUUUCUCUUCUACAACUAUUUCAACGUGGCAACGAUGUUAAACUCGCAAGUCUGCAAAACACGUCAGAUAUUUUACACCGUUGCCGCGUUGUAAUUUUUUCUCUAGUUGUUUGCAUAAAAUAAAUUAACUCGUCUAUUAAUUCGAUUUUGUUAAUACUACCUUUGAAUAUUGAGAAAAUAAAAUGCGUAAAAUAUAUAUGGCAUGGUACAUUUAAAAAUCAGCAGCUCCGAAUAAACAAAAUAAAUUAUCAGUUUCUCUUCUACAACUAUUUCAACGUAGCAACGAUGUUAAACUCCAAGUCUGCAAAACACGUCAGAUGUUUUACACCGUUGCCGCGUUGAAAUUUUUUCUCUAGUUCUUUUGGAUAAAAUAAAUUAACUCGUCUAUUAAUUCGAUUUUGUUAAUACUACCCUUGAAUAUUGAGAAAAUAAAAUGCGUAAAUAUAGAUGGCAUGGUACAUUUAAAAAUCAGCAGCUCCGAAUAAACAAAAUAAAUUAUCAGUUUCUCUUCUACAACUAUUUCAACGUAGCAACGAUGUUAAACUCAAAGUCUGCAAAACACGUCAGAUAUUUUACACCGUUGCCGCGUUGAAAUUUUUUCUCUAGUUCUUUUGGAUAAAAUAAAUUAACUCGUCUAUUAAUUCGAUUUUGUUAAUACUACCCUUGAAUAUUGAGAAAAUAAAAUGCGUAAAUAUAGAUGGCAUGGUACAUUUAAAAAUCAGCAGCUCCGAAUAAACAAAAUAAAUUAUCAGUUUCUCUUCUACAACUAUUUCAACGUAGCAAUGAUGUUAAACUCCAAGUCUGCAAACAGGUCAGAUAUUUUACACCGUUGCCGCGUUGUAAUUUUUUCACUAGUUCUUUUGGAUAAAAUAAAUUAACUCGAUUUUGAUAAUACUACCCCUGAAUAUUGAGAAAAUAAACUGUGUGAAAAAUAUUGAGCAUAAUAUAUUUAAAUUUGAAUAAUAAUUGAAUAAAUUAUCACUUAAUCAUUUAAAACGCAUAAAAAUGACGACUUUUAGGUUAAGUUUGGAAGACGCGACAAAUGUUUUACAGCGUUGCCGCGUUGUAAUUUUUUUCUAGUUGUUUGCAGAAAAUGUAUACAACUAAAAAUUGUUAUUAAUUAGAAAUUAUGAAAUAAUAGUUUUUGUUCUACCCAGUUAUCAAUUAUUAUAAAAUGCAAAUAAAAAACGACAAACAGCACAAAAAUAACUAAUUCGAACAAGAAUUUCCAGUUUCGACAAUAAAUCAUACAACACUGGAGACUUAUGCUACACGGCUACCAACUUUUGGAAUAUAAUUCUCCCUAAAACACGAGCGAUGAUGUCACCAACACUUUUGAUUGAUAGAUUAUGUUCGAUGGCUGUAAUUUUCAUACUAUCAUGUCAAAAUUAUAAAUUUCACUAUUAGUUAUCUAAAAAUUUAUAAGAUAUGUGAUUUAAAUAUUGCUUAACGAGCCUAGGUUUGAAAAUAUGAAAAUUAUAACAAAAAAAUUAAUUUAAUAAAAUAUUAAAGUGUCAACAAUGGCGUUAGGUUAGUUUACUGCCCUAGUACAAUUGAGAAAUCUAGCAAAUUGUCAAAAUGGCCGCCGUGGGGCACACAAAUGCUUCUGCUAUAAAUUUUGUGGGAUUUGUAAAGUUAUUUGUUGGAUUUUAGACUAACUUGCAGACUAACUAAAAAAAUACUUCGAAAUUACUCAUUUUUAGGUGUAUUAAUUUCACUAAAAAUUAUCUAAAAAGUAUCUAUGGAGUCCUAUUAACAAUUUAAAAUAAAGAAACAACACAAAACAACUCUCGCCACCGGAAGUAACCAAAAAAGCACGGACACGUACGUGAUAAUCGAUUGUUUACCCCACGGCCGCCAUUUUGACGUAGAUCAGCUGUUUUAUUAGAUUUCCUAAUAAAAUACAUCAUUAGAACAUUCGAAUGACAAUAUUAGACAUUGACAGGAAACUUUUUACUACACAGUUGUCAGUUUUUUACCAUUUGACAAUUGAAAGUCUUAAAAAAAUGUGACAAUCUAACAAAAAUGGUGACAAGAUUGCAUUGAGCUACAAAAAAAACAGUAAGAGGUGAUUUAUUUCACAAGAAUGACAAUUAUUGUUAUCAAUAAUAUUUUCCUACGAAAUCUUAGACUUGAGGGUUGAUGCAAUCAACGAUUGGGGUUGGGGAUUCGCUUGUACUUGACGGUUGGUCAUUAUCCCGAAUUUUUUCCACUCCUCUUAUGUUAAACAUCUAUUAGGUAUCUUCUUCUUUUUUUAUUAUACUUGUUAAAGUGUCAAAUGACGUUUACAGUAACCAUUUCUUCUAUUGUCUUCUUCUUUUUCGAUUCUUCUGAAGUUUUCUCCUUUUUUGAGUUUUUGUCCCCUGUUAUUUUAUCCCGUCUAUCCAUUUCUUCGUUUUCAAUGAAAUUUCCAUACCAAUCUACUGGUUUUCAUUGUAUUUUCUAUAAUUCGUUUCGGUUUUGUUUACUUUUAACAUUUACGUUUUAUCCCUUUUAGUUUUAUUGAAUAUUCCAAAUCCAAAUCUAUAUUUUUAUAUCUAGGUAUUGUUUUUUUACUUUAUGUAUCAAAGCAAUUAUUAUUGACAACGAACCAUAGACAAAAUUUGCAUAUAAAAGUUGUAGAAUCAAAAAAUCUAACCUGUCACCUAACAUAACCUCAAAUAUUUGAGAAAAAAUCGCAAAAAAGAUUCAUUACUUUCAUUAGUUUGAGGUUAGGUGAAAAAUAAAUUACAGAUAGUUUUAUUCCCAAAUUUCCCCAACUAUAUCUUAGUACUACAAAAAUCCCGGAUAUAAUUAAGUAUUAAAUAUUUAUUUUCCCUAUAAAAAGCACUAACGUGAUAUUAUUACAACAUUUUAAAUUGAUAAUAACUUUGCAUAACAAAUUUUAUCACCUAUGAAAAAUUGCAAAUCAAACUAUAUCUCAAUCAAAUUGUUUUUUAUUUAUAAACUUUUAUUUGUAAUUCUAAAUAAUAUUUAUCCAACGUCGGUUUGUUAUAUUUAUUUGAAACAAAAUAUUUUCAAAAGUUUCAUUUCCUAUUUGUGCUGUUCACAACUAUCGCGAUUAUUAAUUUAAAAAAUGAAUCAUAUCAAUAAUAAUUGUCAAGAAAUUAUUUGCUGGGCAGUGUUUAUUUCCAAUAUUUGAUUCUAUAAAUAUAAAGUAAUUUGAUAAUUUCGAUUUUGUUUCACUUACCUUAAAUGUUUCUAACCUCAAAUUUAGUUCUUGCCUUGGCCUUACGGAGACGAAUAACACUUGAUGAAAUGCACUAACAGUUGCGUUAUGUACUAAACACUUGAAUUUAAUUUUCAAAACAUAAAUUCAUAAUUAAAUAUUCAUAUCUGAAUCACUAUAGUUUACAUAUCAAAUCAUUUAUCACCAGAAAUUUACAACGUUGCCUAAUUUAUAUAUCUCAUAUUCCCUAGCCAGUCGUGAAUUAGGCAUGAAUUGACGCCAUAUUCUUUACUUGUCGCUGUCACAACUUACCGUCAGACUCGUUAUAGGCCAGUCAAAUUUUGUUAAAAAAAAUUAAAAAAAAAAAACAACUCCAUUGUAUUGACACAGAUUGUAGUUCAACUUUUUUUAAUAUUUAAAUAAGGCGCAGAUAUGAUGUUAACGCCCUUGCCAAUAUAUUUCGCGUAUGAUGUCAAUUCGAUCGUACAUAAACUGUGAUUUGGAACUUUCACACCUAACCUUAAAAUCGUUUUACUUUAUUAAAAUUGUAUGUAUGCAUACAUAUUUCCUCCUUUUUUGUAUCACUGUAGAGCUAAACGAUUCGUAAAUGUUUUGUUUUACUUGAUAUUUUUCAUAACCUAAAAAUAUUGAUCAUAUACGUCACUAAUGUUUGAGACAUAUUUCGAGAUAAUAAUUGUUAUCAAAACGCUCAGGGACCGUAAAAGUACUAUUAAUGAAAUUAAUAAUAAAAAAUGUUAGUAAUAGUAAUAUACGUUUGUAUAAAUGUAAUAUUAUGUAGAAAUUAAAAACGAUAUACGUUGUAAAUAUUUAUUUUUUAUUUUUUAAGAACGCUUCUGUUUCUAUUUGAAAGAGUGUAAAUGUAAUAUAAUAAAAGUGAAUAAAAAAUGACAGACUUUCAGAGUAAUUGACAGAUUCUUAAAUGUCGUCCCGAAUUAAUUAAAUGUUUAAUGUUACUUUGUACUCUAUAAAACAAAAAAAAAUAUUCUAUUAACAAAUAUCUCUUACCUGUUUGUGAUUUUAGUUCAAGAAAACUUCUUCCAGAUGUGCUUGAUUUAUUUUUUCCCAAUUAGUUUUUAUAUUCAUUAAUAUUUUUCAUAAACCUCCUGGACUAUAUAUAACUUAUGUUGAAGACAACACUUAUUUACUAGACACAGGGUUGCCAGAUUUCGUUUAAAUAUUUUGUAAUAAAAACUAAUGAAUAUCUUUAACUUUUUAUAUUUCUUUUGAUAAAUCGUCUUGAUUUCAGUCUUUUUUGAUAGAAAACAAGUUUCAAAAUACAGAUAAAUUAAAAGAGAACUAAAAUGAAGACGAACAGCUUCACUAUUUUAUGAUAUAUACAGAUGAUGCAAAGAAUUGUUAACAGAAUUGGCAACACGUUAUUAACUUUUGCUGAAGAUUCGUUUUGUAUUAUUUCAACAAACAAAAAUCAUAUAUUUAUACAAUGAAUACCUGAUAAAUACACCACAUAAGCAAACCAUUAGUUUUUCUCACCUUUUUUCGGAUGGUCUGAAUCGAUCUUAACUUGCAAAUAGGAAAAUUCUACACAAUCUGACAACCUUGUUAUAUUUUUCAUGAAAGAAAUUAACUAAUAAAAAAUGUCAUGAUCAUUUUCACGUUUUUGCUUGUGUUGAUACUUUUUUAUCUUAUAGUUUUUGUCACUAUUGUUAAGUUAUAUUCUUCCUUACUUGAUAUUAUUAAAUUGAGGUUAUCUACCACGUAAACUGUUUGUUUGUUUAAAUUAUUGAAAUGUGAUUUGAACAACGUCAAUAUAAAUGAUUGGAAUUUAUUCAAAGGUCGAAACGAUUUAAAUAAAAACCUGUAUAGAGUACCCAGUAACAAAAAUGUGAAAUGAAUGUAAAAUAUAAAUAUUUUCUUCCCUCUCAAUGUCUGUCUGUGUCUUGCUUUGUAAAUAAGAGUUUCUCGUAACAGAAAUCAAAGUGGUUAUUUUUUUUCUGUUUGGGUCGUCUUUAAGUGAUAUCUACAGAAUUAAUUGAGUCAUAUGUGACAAAAAACUAGCUUGAAUGUUUUAUAAUCCAGACGAACUGUUAAUAAAAUUAUUUUUUUUUUUAAAUUCAACGUCCACCUGUAUGUUUUUGUGUCAUUAAAAUUCCACGAAUGGUUCAUUUGAAACAUUGUUUAAAAUAAAACAUUUUUUAAGGUCUUAGCAUACCUUGAAUAUAAAAUAAUGAUUGCCCAAUAUAAUUACGCAAUUAUGUGAAAUAUUUUCAUUUAUAUUUAUAUAUUUACUUUUUAAUUUGACACUAUACAAUAGACGACAUAAUUUUCUUAAAAACUUAUAUAAUGUGUUAAUGUAAUAUACAGAGUGUCCAAUUGAAAAUAACAUGGUAGUUUUUGUUUCAUGAAAUGGCCCAAUUUAUUCUUUAGUUUUUUUCCCUCGUUAGAUAUCUUGUACAAUCAAAAAGAGGGUUAUCUGUGAUGAAAAACUUGAGGCAAAGUGCAAUGCUUUUCUGUAAAAUGAUAUUGUGAUUUUGCCAAUUUGUCCUAUAUGUGUGAAUUAGAAGAUAUUUUUAAUUUAUCCAAUUUUUUUUCACAUUUUUAAUGUUUUCUGUUGUAUAAAAUAUGUGAAAUACUAAUAAAUAUUAUAUAUCCAGAAAA